UGGCGCAUGCGUGCCACGCCCUCCUGGCGAGCAGGAGCGGAAGAGGCGGAGCGGCGCGCGUGUCAAUCAACGCUCUGCCUAGUAACCGAACCGGAAGCAGGCCUCUCUAGCCGCGCCCAGGCUUUUCUUUUUCGUCUCCUUGGUGACCGCGGCGCCUGCGCAGUGAUGCUCCGCGCUCUGGGCUUCCCUCGCAUCCCGCUUCGGUGUCCUCGAGUCUCGAAGAGAAGCUUCGCCGACCAGGCCGCAACGCCGGUGCCAGUCUCUUACUGUGUCUUUGACGGGGCCUCCACGCAGCCACCCCUCGUUUUCCUCCACGGGCUUUUCGGGAGCAAAGGCAACUUUGCCUCUUUGGCCAAAGAGAUUGUGCGGCGGAGCGGGCGCAAAGUGCUGACAGUGGAUGCCCGCAACCACGGCAACAGCCCCCACCACCCCCUGAUGACCUAUGAGGCCAUGAGCGAUGACGUACACCUCCUCCUGCGCCAGCUGCACCUGGAGCGCUGCGUCUUGGUCGGGCACAGCAUGGGCGGCCGGACAGCCAUGGCUGUGGCCCUGCGGUGGCCAGAGCUGGUGGAGCGCCUGCUCUGUGUGGACAUCAGUCCGAGGGGGCCCUCUGCUGUCUCCAAGUUCCAUCCGCUGGUGGAGGCCCUGAAGGCUGUGGAGCUCCAUGAGGGUGUCCCUCUCUCCACAGCGCGCCGCCUGGCCCAGGAGCAGCUGCGGAAUACCAUCCCGGAUCCACCCAUCCUCCAGUUCUUGCUCACCAACCUGGUCUCGUCUGAGGGCCGCAUUGUGUGGCGGGUCAACCUGGAUGCCGUCUCCCGUCACCUGGAUGGCCUCAUGCACCUCCCUGACUUCCAGGCAUCCUACUUGGGGCCCGUCCUUUUCCUCGGUGGUGCUAAGUCCCCCUACAUCAGCUCCGAGGAUUUCCCCGAGAUUGAAAGGCUCUUCCCGGAGGCGGAGAUCGAGUACAUACCUGAUGCUGGGCAUUGGGUUCAUGCCGACCAGCCGCAGCACUUUGUGGCCGCCGUCUGCCGCUUCAUGGAGCAAUCUCCACCCUAGACAGCCAUCCCAGGCGAGCCCCCAAAACCUCCGCUCCAGCAGUCGGACAACAUGCUAGGACUGGCGUUAAGCGAGAAGUGGAAUAGCCUCUGGACUCAUUGCUUGUACAGUAUUUAAUAAUAAACAAUGCAUUGGUUUCGUA